ACUCGCAUGGUCAUGGUGCACUGAGCGUUAAAGAUUACACAAUCUACCGGAAACAUUAACACGAGAUUUAUUUAUCCUUGAUUAUUGAAUAGUAUACAGUAUACAGUCCUAGGAAUACAGUGUCGUUGAAAGUCGCAAUCGUGUGAGCUCAUUAUUUGCAGUGAUAAAAGUUGCCAAAGACAGCUUAUGGAGAUGUCUCUAGAUAAUCUUUCAUCCGUUCAGAAGGAUGAGCUUAUGAGCCAGGUUAAACAGCAGAUCGCCUUAGCCAAUGCCCAGGAGCUGCUGACCAAAAUGACUGAAAAAUGCUUUAAAAAGUGCAUAGCAAAGCCUGGCACCGAAUUGGACAGCUCGGAACAGAAAUGCAUUGCUAUGUGUAUGGACAGGUACAUGGACUCAUGGAAUUUAGUUUCCCGAACCUACACGCAACGCAUACAGAGAGAGCAAUACAAAGGAUAAACAGUAGUCGAAUUAGGUCGAUACAUCCAAGUAUAUGUAAAGGCACUUAGAAUAAAAUAUAAACCACACGAGAUGCUACAAAUAAUACU